UUUAUUUACAUCACGUGACACCUUCAAUCUUUCAAAGCGCGGUAAUGAAGCUUGCUUUAUACAAGGAAAUCAUUCAGAACUUUUAUUCCAUAAACAAACGGAUCUGCGAAGAAGAGCUACAGAAAAUAUUUCCUGCUGUGCCUGGAUUAACAUUACGAUGCAUUGUAUAUCAAGAGAGACAACGAUACACUAAAAAGAACUAUUACCGGCUUGUAAACGCAGCAGACAAGCACUACGACUUCUAUAGAACAGCAGCUUCUAGUGGGGAACCUCACGGAUUCCUGCUUCGUUAUGCCGACGAAAUCGGCUUGGCACCUUCGCUCCUUGCGAGACUGGUUCUUCAAAAGCACUUCGAACACGUCGGCGAAGAUUCAUCAAAACAGAGACUCUCAGAAGCAAUGAAAGAUACCACAACCAUCAACGACAGCACACUUUCAGUCGAAACAUUUUACUGCAUUCUCAACGACAAUUCCUACGGUCCUAUAAUGGAUGUCAUGCGACACAGCGUCGGUCUGGAGUACGAAAUGAAAUUGAAGCAGGACCUCAGGGAGCUGGGACUUGUGUUCGUCGACGAAGAAAUUCUCAGGGAGAGAGGAUACGACAAAACACCGGACGUCAAGCUUGAAGUUCCCGUUGUGAUAGGAGACACGGUUGUCACUUGGAUCGAAAGUAAAGCAUUAUUCGGCGACGUAGAAAAUCAUAGGACCUAUGUGAAAGAACAGUACAGAAGUUACUGGAAUCGCUUCGGUCGCGGGUUGGUCAUAUACUGGUUCGGUUACAUCGAGGAACUGGACAAAAACGGCGAAGAUGGGAUACUAAUAAGAGACUCUAUCCCGACAGACAUAAAACGCAUGACGGUGGAAAUGUAACCAAACUACGAAGAAUAAAACAGCUUGUCUACAAAUGUACAGCACAAGAACACA